AUGGCUCUAGCAGAUCUAAGAGAAUUGAAAAACUUGUUGGAUAAGGGGUUUAUUCGACCAAGUACCUCGCCUUGGGGUGAUCCAGUCCUGUUUGUCAGAAAGAAUGAUGUAUCUCGUGAUGGUAUCAAGGUUGAUCCUCAGAAAAUUUCAGCAGUUAAAGACUGGCCAAGACCCACUGGUGCAACGGACAUCCGUAGUUUCUUGGGUUUAGCUGGUUAUUAUCGGAAGUUCAUGGAAGGUUACGGAGGCUACAUAGUUUAUUCUGAUGCUUCCCGAAUUGGGUUGGGUUGUGUUUUGAUGCAGAAUGGUAAGGAACAUUGUGGUAUUUUCACUUAUCACAAAAGCCUGCAGUAUAUCUUCAAGCAGCGAGAAUUGAAUCUCAAACGGAGGAGAUGGUUAGAGUUGUUGAAGGAUUACGACUUGAACAUCUUGUAUCAUCCUGGUAAGGCGAGUGUUGUGGCUGAUGCAAUGAGCCUGAAAUCUAUGGGGUCAGCGUUGUUCGAGUUAAGCUUAAAGGUCUAUGAUUAUACUUUCAGGAAGAUAUCGGAGGAUUCGAAGCGCUUUGGCUCAGAUUUGAGAGUUCCAGAUUGGAUUGACCUCUUAUUAUCGUGGCUGAUUGCAGUGCGAGAGUUCCUGAUGAGUGUCUUACAAGGCACUCAGCCUAUUUCUAUCCCACCUUACUGUAUGGCUCCGACAAAGUUGAGGGAGUUGAAGGAGCAGUUACAUGACUUGCGGACUUUCAUGGAUUUGAUGAAUGGGAUUAUCAAGCCUGACUUGGAAUCGUUUAUGACUGUUUUCAUUUAUGACAUCUUGGUGUACUCUCAUAGUAAAGAAGAACAAGAGAAGAAUUUGAGGAUAGUACUUAGGUUAUUGAAGAAGGAGAAGUGGUAUGCCAAAUUUUCUAAGUGUGAGUUCUGGCUUAGUUCCGUGGCAUUUUUGGGACAUGUUGUGUCUAUGGAUUGGAUUAUGGUAGAUCCCAAGAAGAUUGAGGCAGUUAGAAAUUGGGCUAGGCCUAUUUCGGUACUACGUGGAGAAUCCAAGGAGGCUAUUCUUGAUGACAAUGGUGUUCUAAGGAUUAAGAGGCGCAUUUAUGUUCCUAGUGAUGAAGAGGACAUAAUGGAUUUCAUUUCCCAAUGUUUGAAUUUCCAGCAGGUUAAGUAUGAGCACCAGAGACCGGGUGAUGUGACACAUAGGAUAGUCAUUCCCAAGUGGAAGUGGGAGAGAAUAGUUAUUGAUUUCAUGACUACCUAUCACUCGGAGAGGUUGGCUAGGAUCUACAUCAGAGAAAUUUUCAGAUUGCAGGGUGUGCCCAUUUCCAUCAUUAAUUUCAGACGCACCCAGUUCACUUCCCAUUUCUGGAGGACUUCACUGAAGGAACUAGGGACUCAGUUGGAUCUUAGUACCGUUUUUCACCUGCAGACAGAUGGUCAGUCCGAGAGAAUUACUCAGCUGUUAGAGGAUAUGUUAUAG